CCGGAAGUGCCGUAUGGCGGUAAGACGGAUGACAUCGGCGUAAACAUUUGUAGGAUAACUUUUCACGAUGACAUCUACUCCAUUGUUGGUGUUGCUGGUGCUUCAGUUUGGGUUUGGAUGGAGCUCUCAUAAACAUCAUGAGGAUCACUAUAAUGGCCAGCAGCACAACCCUGAACACGACAUGAGUGUCCUGCUGGGAGAUGAGAACACAGAGGAGAUUAAGAAACUCAGCCCAGCAGAUCUGAGGUUGAAGAUGAUGGAAAUUGUGGAGAGGAUUGACACGAACGGAGACAAUCUGCUGAGUGAAGAAGAGAUCACUCUCUGGAUCCAGCACGUCUACAGAAAAUAUGCCCUGGAAGACGCAGAGGAGCGCUUCCCUGAGUUUGACGCCGACAAAGACGGCGUCGUAACGUGGGAGGAGUACAACAUGGUCGCUCACGAUCAGCUUAUUAGUUUUGAUGACAGUGCCGUUCUGGAAGAUCCAGAGCAAGAGUCUGUUCGAAAUCUCCACCUGAAGGAGAGGAGGCGCUUUGAUUUUGCCAACGUGGAUGGCGCUCCUGGUCUUAACGUGACAGAGUUUCUGGCCUUCACCCACCCCUCUGAAGUGGAUCACAUGGCUGAUUUUGCCAUCGAGGACGUAUUGAGUGAAUAUGAUACAGAUAAAGAUGGAUUCAUCACUCUGGGGGAGUUUAUUGGAGACGUUCGCGGUGAGGACGAUUCGCCUUCGCAGUGGGAGAUUGAGGAAACGGUCCGAUUUAAAGAACUCUAUGAUCAAGAUAAGGACGGCAAGCUGAAUCGAGAGGAGCAGCUCCGCUGGGUCGCGCCCAAUAGCUACGGCUCAGCCAGAGAAGAAGCCCUUCACCUCAUCAAGGAAAUGGACCACGAUGGAGACGGACGGAUCUCCGAGGCAGAAGUUUUGAAGAACCAAGAAACUUUCAUGAACAGUGAAGUUACGGACUAUGGCAGGCAGCUGCACGUAUCGCACGACGAGCUGUGACUCCCGUGUUUCUUGUAGAGUGCCCUCAUAUGUUUUCGCACAGAUGUAAUGCACUGUGGUCUGUUUCCUGUGUUGUGUUAGUCAUGGUCCACGUCUACAUCAUUUGCAUCACUAAAUGACCAAAUAUAUACUGAGUCAAUCACAUACGCAAGAAAAGAGUACCAGCAAACCGUUGGAAGCCUUCCAAAACGUGACAUGUGGUUAGAUGCCGUAUUGCAUAAUUUUAUAGGAAAUGUCCGUUAUUUAGUUCGCUUCCUAGAUGAAUGUACCCUUGCUGCGCAAACUUAUAGUUUUUAAACAGCUGCCUACCAGGAGGCAUCUUGUCGGUGUUCAGAACCAAAAGCGUGGUCACAUUUAUGGAGGAGUUUUGUUUCUUUAAUGGCAUCAGCUGGAGGUUCACUUAUCAGCACAGCUGUGGCAACUACUGACAUAUUGCAGCUCUUCCUCAUUUAAAUCAAAUGAGUAAGUGAGUGAGAGUGGCUGUAUGAAAACUUGCUUCCUGAAAGCGUGUCGGUCUGUUUUACUCGCUCUGAGCAACAGCCUGCUCCGCUGCCAGGAGGUAGAAAAGUGGCUUAAAGUUGGUUUUUCCACCUGGGACUUCUUAUUUUGUUUUUAACCUGCUGCCAAGAUGACAUUACAAUUUAAAGAUAACUUUUGGGUAAGUUGCUGUAAUUGUUAUUGUUGUUUUUUUUUUCUUUUUUUGUUUCUUUUACUCAGAAAUAACCAAGAGUUUGACUGAACUGUGAAGGCCGUGUUGUAAUCAGUAGUUUCAGAGGGAUGUUUGUACUGUAUUUUAUGUUUUCUUUUGUUUUGGGGGGGUUUUACGUGGAUGGUAGUUACCACGCAACAAUGUCUAUUUUUGCUCUUUCUUCUGUUGAAAAUGGUAAGCGUUGAUAUUAUUUGCAUUUCUGGGCUGUAUCAUUAAACCCAGAUGCAUCACA